AUGAGUGAGGCUGAAGUUCUGAGGCUCCGCGCAGAAGUGGCCGAGCUCAGAACUCUUCUGCAAUCUUUGACUGCACGAGUCCAGGCCUUAGAAAACUCCGAAGGUUUCGAGGUGGUUGCGCCACCCCUUGCUUCGCCGGACAGGCGAGAAGUUGCUGCCAGGAGCUCCGAGGCUGGAUACCCGCGGCUUGAGUCACCAGGUGAAUCGAACGGAGGACGCGACCAGCAGCGAGUGGCGGUGGCUCGGGAGAUCGGGGCUUUCCUGAGACGGGCUAUCAACGGUGAGCAUCGAGGGACGUCUGGUCGCGACAAGGUUUCGUUGGCCUCAAGGUUCUAUAUCGUGCUUGCCCCUUACAGCGGCGAAGUGUUCUCUAAGGUCCGAGUGUAUUCGAAGUUUGCGCCGGUCAAGGCCCUGUGCAAGCGAGGUCCCGACCCUGGUCGGUCAGUUUUCGUUGGGCUCCCCUCCCAGUGGGAGGUGAGCGUGGCACUCGAGGUUGACGAAGGAGGUGAAUCUGUCGGGGGAGUGGAUCUGCGGCAGCAUCUCUUGGCGAGUUCUACCGAACGGGCUUUGGACUACCGAGUGGCUGCGUUCAGUAAAGAGGUGGACGGAGGAGUUAUCAGCUGCUCGGUCAUCCCCGUUGCCGAGCGCGAGGGUCUGCUGAUUGUGGCUGUGUUAGCCGCAGAUCAGAACGACCGCAGCAAAGCCCAUGGGCACUUCAAGGUCCGGCUUUGGAUCGGGCUGCUGGCGGCCGAGGAGGAGCAGUUCUUGGUCUACAGGGGCGAAGACGAGCCUGCCGAGCGAGGCUUUGUGAUCACAGGGACGGAAAGGCACAUCUUUCCGUACGGCCCGUCCUUGACUACCGCGGUCCGCGACCUGUUUGCUUUCGUUUCAGCGGCGGAGGAGCCCACCGCCGUCCCGACGGGGGAGCCAGAGGAAGGCCUGUCUGGCAAGGUGAAAAACAUCGAGGCAGCCGUGCUCGGGUUGCAAGGAGGCCUGGAUGCUAUCAGGGCAAGGCUGGAAGGUGGGCAGAAGGGAGCCGCUGCGAGCAAAGUGGGGGCAAAGCGGAAAGCUCACUCUUCUAUGCCGCGCCCCAGAGGCAGUCAUAUCCCUGGCCUGGACCCAGCAGUGCUCGCUGCGGCCCGUGCCGCAGGUGUUCCGGAGGACCAGCUGGAGAGGAUGGGCGAGCUAGCAAGGCAGCCGGGGCGCCUGGGCGAUGGAGCUCGGGCGGCCGCUUCAGCUUUGUCGGAGUCAGAAGGCGAGGAGGAAGAACCGGAGAAGGGCGCGGAAGCUCCCGAGGACGUGAGCGCGGCGAUUUGCAAGAUGACCCAGAUCCUGGAUCGGCUCGCCAAGUCGCGGAAAGGCGGCAGCUUGGAGGAUCUCCUGGACAGGGGAGAAGGAGCCGAGGGAGCUUCUGGCAGCGCUGGGGGGACGUCGAAGGCGGCGGCCUACGCAAAACUGUCGGGGCUCCUGAAGGAAGACCCGUCCCGCAUCUCCUCCGUGCUGAAGCUCAUGGCGGAGGACUAUGGUGCCCGCACGACUGCUCCAGGGCUGGACGGAGUGAAGAUGACAGCCCGCUCAUGGCUAGAACAUCGAAGCAGGGUUCAGCAGUACGCUGGACCGGUGAGGUGGGGAUGGCAGACAGCGACAGCUUUGGAUGCUUUACUGAGUGGCAAUCAAGAAGAAUGCAAAGCGAGACUCUGCCUGAUGCUUUGCGCACUGGACCAGAGCUCCUUGGACGCAGGGAACUGGUUGUUGGCCCAGGAAAUGCAUCUGGAGCCGGGACCCCCACUUUCCAGCUUCGGGAAGCACAAGCCCCCGGACCCAGGCGAGGAGCAUCGAACACGGAUCAUGGAUGCGCGCUGGGUGAGUGUGCUAAUGGGCAGGCUGAGAGAGCGGGAAUCGUACCAAGAAGCCCGCAAAAAGCUGGCUGGACCCAGAGGAGAGCAGGUGUCCCAUCAUCUUCCCGGUGCAGCUGCUACUCCCGUUGCAAGUUCAGAGGUGUGGAGUUCUUUCUUUUCUGUGCUAGGGCAGCGAGGGCGACUGUGGCCUAUGCCGGUGCCCUAUCCCGACCUCCAUCUUCGUGGAGGCCAGCGCAGCCGGAGCGACGUACCGCGAAAGCUUGCGCUCAAUGCAACAAUCUUAGUUUUGUCGUGGCUCUAUUUGGGCCAGCCCGCGACUCCCCGACGGUCCGAUGCCCUGGGUCUUGGAACUCCGCUCAGUUCAGAACAGUGGGCUGUAGUUGAGACUUUGGGGCGGGGCGUGGAUGCUUGGAAUGCUCAGCCUCUGAUAGGGCCGGAGGCCAUGGGGAGGAACGCCGCUAAGGUGGAGAGUUGUGAGGAGAUUCUUCGAGCUCUGGAAGAGCGGGGAGACUCACCUCAGUCCUCAGGAGGAGCGACUGCUGCAGGCCAGUUUCUGUCAGCACGAAGUUGCGGGACUCUGAACUUGGAGCCGGCCAGCCUGGCGCAGAGCAUUGUGCCGGAGCGGCUCAGGUUUUUUGAAGAGCCCAGCUUUGACCCGCGGCCGUUCAUGAGCAGUCAAACCCGCGCUGUGUAUCGGAGGCCUCUGGAUUUUGCGCGGCCCAUCCCUGAGGAUGAGGCCGUGCCGAAAACGCAGGUGAGAUGCACGCGAGACGCUGCGCUUCGACUGCUGAAAGUCUUGGAUGGUUGCAAGAGACUAUCCCUGCGGCCGAUCGGUGCCGUCAGGGAUCGGGUCCUGAAUGGGUUGUUUGCAAUACCGAAAGAUCUGCAGAGGGAUCGCAUGGUAUUAGAUGCGCGUGCUCCCAAUCAGGCCGAAGCUGUGACUCAACCGUGGCUUCGUUCGAUGGCAUCCUUAGAGCAAUUACAAUGGCUAGAACUGAAGGGCGACGAAGACCUGCGGGUAAGCGCAGAAGAUCUGAAAGAAUUUUACCAUUGCUUUCAGGUCGAAGAGCAGCGAAUCUGCAGGAACGGGCUUGCGCUGAAGUUCCGGCCGUGGGAGUUAAAGGACUUGGGAUGCUACACGAGCGACCUGGAUGCGUGCGACUAUGUGCGGCCGCGCCUCAAAACCCUUGCGAUGGGGGACUGUUGUGCAGUGGGCUUCGGCCAAGAAAGUCACUUGGGUGUCUUGCUGCAAGCGGGGGCCUUACAGGUGGAGCUGGUUACUUUGACCGGGAGGCCGCCGCGAGAAGGCCUUGUCGGUGGGUUACUCAUUGACGACCUGGCGGUCUUGGAGAAGGUGAAGAAGGGCAGCAGCGAAGCCGAGCACAAGGCCCCGGCGGUCAUGCAAGCCGUUCAUAGCGCCUAUGAAAGUGCCGGGAUGCCACGCAAUCGAGCGAAGUCCGUCGCCAGUGCAAGCACCGCAGAGUUCUGGGGUGGUGCUUUCGACGGGAUCGAGGGCACCAUCCGGCCGGCCCCUAGACGCACCGUGCCGCUGUCGAGUCUUCUGCUGAGAGCGGUGCGGGGAGGGUUUGUGACGCCCGAGCUCCUGGAGGUGUUUGCCGGAUCGCUGGUUUCGAUUUUUCAGUGUAGGCGCCGUUUGAUGUCAGUUCUGGAUAAGAUCUACUCAGACGAGCUCUUGGUUUCAGCUGUCUUGGUUUCUCAGGCCUGCAUAGACUUCAGAACGCCGGGAGCCCCGGUGAUCGUGGCGAGUGACGCUUCGUCUAGAGCCGAAGCCGCGGUCUUCGCCCCAGUGAGCCGAGAAGCGUCAGCUGAGUUUUGCCGGCACGGACUCCAGAAAGGUCUGUGGUCAAAGCUUCUGAAGCCCGUCGAUGCACUGCUCCGAGAGCGGGGUGAUUUGGCUGAGGACCUCCAACUUCCCAGUGGACAAAGAUCCCAGCGCCGCCACAUCAAUGUGGGCGAGCUGCGCGCAGAGCCGAGAGAGUUUGGGGACUUUGACCGGUUCCUUGCUCAGAAUGGCAUGCGCCCUCCGGUAGCGAGCCCGCUGCCAGCCGAGAAGUUUGCCAGGCCGGGAACAAAGUGUUUCCAGAGCGGUUUGUUCGUGCACGGUGGGGUCGUGGGCUUUCGCAGUGCAACCAUGGAGAUGCCACGGAGCACCAAAGUUCUCUGCCAGUUCGUUCGUGAGAAGCAGCCUGAACUCCGGUUUUCUAGUGUAGGGCUCUUCCGGAACAUGCUUGCUGACUGCCAUGUUGACGCGCAUAACUCCCCUGAGGAACCUAACUUUAUCUGCGGGUUGAGCAAGUUCCGAAAAGGGGGGCUGUGGGUCGCAGGAGAGACAGGAGCCGUGUGGCGGCGAUACCAAGGAAAGGAUGUGCCGGGGCAUGUUAAGGACAUUCGAGGGGAGCCGGUCCUGUUUAAUCCUCACUUGCCUCACGCUACUGAAGAAUGGACCGGGAGCCGCUAUGUCGUCGUCGCUUACUGUGUCAGAGUGCUGGAAAAGCUCAGUGCGGAGCAGCGAGCGGCGGCCGAGGCGUUCGGUUUCCUUCUCCCUGCCCCUGUGCAGGAAAGACUGCAGGACACCGCUAACACCACAGGUUGCCCGCGCGAGGCAGAGGCCAUGGGGGACGCCGAACUCGACUCCCCGCGUUCUCCCAUAGGUCUUCAGGAGCCGCAGGUGCACUCAAGUCUCAAGGCGCCACAGGCCAGGUCGAGCGAGGGUACUAGCCCAGUGAAAGCUGAGCUCGACGUCCAGCGUUCUCCAGAUGGUCUUCUCACGCCGCAGGAGCGCUCAUGUCCGAAGGUGCCAGAAGCCAGGAGCACUCAGGUCACAAGGCGCAGCAGGUGCACUCAGGUCCGAAGGUGCCAGAAGCCAGGUCGCAAGGUGUCGCAGGCCAGGUCAACUGAAACAGGGAUCCCAGGGGACGCCGAGCUCGACUUCCGGCGUUCUCCCGUAGGUCUUCUCAAGCCGCAGGUGAGAGGUCCGUUCCAGCCGUUGGAAGAGCCGCAGGUGAGAGGUCCGAAGGCGUCAGGUGCCAGUGUUCAGCCGAGCGUCGUAGGGAGUUCCGUGCUCGACUUCCGGGCUCCUCACGCCGGGUAUUGUGGUGCGCUCGACUUCCGCCCGACCCCUGGCCUUUCGCCUUCCGGUGCGACUCGUCCUUGCCUGGGGCACUUUUCCCCGGGCCAAUUCGUUUUCUCUUCCUCGUUUGCUUCGCUCGGUGAUGCACUUGCAAGAGGGCAGGGCUGGGUUGACUUGUUUUCGGGGAGUAGAGGGCUUGCUAAAGCGAUUGCUGCAGCCGCGCCAUGGUGGGUUCUCUGCUUUGACUGGAGGCAUGAUGUUGAAGAAGACUUGAGGAGCGGAAGGCUGAGGAGUGAGAUCAAGGAGCUCCUUGAGUCGGGGCGAGUCCGAGGUUUCUCAGCUGACCCUCCCGCCGGGUCCUUCUCUACAGCGUUGAUCCCAGCCUGGCGUUCGAAGGAGUGGCCGGGAGGUGUUCCGGGACUGGACAGCGAGAAGGCGAAGAAAGUCAGGGUUGAGAAUGAGUUGUCGGUUUUUUGCAGCGAGCUGAUUGACAUCUGUGAGCGCAAAGGCUUGAGCUACAUCGUCGCGAACCCCGAGAAGUCGCGCAUGUGGCGAAUGCCAGAGUGGAGAGAGAAGAGCAUAACAGAGCGAAGAAAAUGCUGUGUGGACAUGGCCGGGCUGAUAACUUGGACCCUGUUGGCCGAGGCCUUCCCCAAGAGGCUGUGCACAUUGCUGGCUUACGCCGUUGCUCAGGACGAAGGCUACUACGACGGGUUCCGGAAGCUGGACAUCGGUCGAUGCGCGAAAGUUGGGGGGCUGCGUGUUGGCGAGGCUGCUAACCCCGGACCUCGCCAACCGCAGCCGCGCACCCCCGCUUGCCUGAGCGAGGUCGAGUUGGUGGAGCCUAAGACUGCAGCUGUCAGGGACAAGCAUUGGAGAGCGUUCCUGCAACACUUGGGAAGUGGGCUGGGAGACGAAGGGGUGACGUCAGUUAUGGAGGUGCCUUCGUUACUCGUUGCCAUGCUCUGCUCCUAUGCCCAGGUGAUGUAUGACGCUGGGACUCCGUUGCACUACUACCGCCAGCUGCUCGCGCACGCCCAGAGGGUCUGCCCUACUGUAAAGCCGCUAAUGCGGCCAGCUUGGGACUACGUCACAAAGUGGGAGCGGCUGGAGCCCCUCCAGCACCGGCCGCCGGUACCAGUGAGGUUAGUCAGAGCAAUGGCCGCAGUGGGGCUGUCAUGGGGGUGGACGAGAUGGGCUGCGACUACUUUGUUGUGCUUCUACUCGAUAACGAGGAUUGGAGAAGUCCUCUCCGCGACUCGCAAAGACCUGCUUACAAGAGAGGACGCCAUGGAGCCGGAAGGAGGCCUUUUCUUGCUAAUACGGAAGCCGAAGACGAGGAAUAGAGGAGCUCGGGUCCAACAUGCGCAAGCUAUGGGGCCCGAGGAAGUACUGAGUUUCCUGGAGAGGACUUUUCAGAACUUGACGUUCUCUCAGAAGCUUUAUGGAGGGUCGCCGAGCGUCUACCGCCGCCGCUGGGACGCUGUGCUCCGACAGUUGGGGAUACCACAACACCUUCGACUGACACCUGGAUCCCUCAGGGGAGGAGGGGCAGUGUAUGCCCAUAAAGCAGGAGCAGCUAUCGGCGACCUCCAAUGGCGUAUGAGGUUAAGUCACCAGAAUACCUUAGGGCACUAUCUUCAGGAAACUACUGCUGCUUCAGUCCUACCGUCCUUGAGUUUGGAGGCGAGGCGAAACGUGUUGGCGGCAGAGGCUUUCCUCCACUUCUUACUUGAAUCUCCGUAG